AUGGGUCCCGGCCGCAAGGUCUACCACAAGCUCUGUCUCAAGUGCGAAGAAUGCGGGAAGAGGCUUGAUCCUGGAAACCUCGUUCAACAUGAGAACAUGCUGUACGGUACUCGAGACCUGCGACACGCCAACCACCUUCCCACCACCUCAUCCCCAGCUCACUCCCCGGCCCAGCGCCGGGAGGCGCAGGAUGAGCCCAUGCCGACGACCCCCACGCGUGCGCCAGCAGCCCGCGCCGUGCCCCCUCCGAUGGACUACUACACCGCUCCGGACCUCUCCAGUCCCGUUGCUCCGGCAUUGACAUCGGCCCAGCCACCCUUGCCUGACUCUCCCGCUGGAGCAGCUGUCGUCGCCGACCCGGCGACGGAGUGGAAGCGUCCAAACUUUCGUAACGAGCGCCCGAUCCCCGCCGGCGUCUCAGCUGUCGCUGCUGCGGGUGGGCUGAGCGACCGCGGCCUCCUGCGGAGGACGGACAGCCCCCGUUCUAAAGUCGGUACGAGGCCGGACUUCGAGGACCGCUGUGCCGGGUGUGAGAAGAGGGUGUAUGCCGCCGAGCAGGUAGUGGCUAUUGGGAACAAGUGGCACCGCGGAUGCCUCCGCUGCUCGUCGUGCCGCUCAACCAUCGACCCCUCGCGCGUGUCCGACCGCGACGGACAGCCGUGGUGCAAGAACUGCUAUGCGCGUGAACACGGUCCCGAGGGUAUUGCGGGGAAGCGGUAA